AUUAGUUGGUAUAAUAUGGUAACGAUCAUAUAUACAAGUAUUAUAUUUUGUAUUUUAAUUAAACAAAUACUUUGUUUGGUAUGUUACUCAAAUGUCAUAUUUUGUAUAACAGUGAAAAAGGUCAAUAUGUACCCUCUGAGUUCAUUCAUUAAAGUCACUAUUCCAAAUUACUUAUCAAACCUUCCAGUACCUGAUAAUAUUGGAGGAUGGUUUAAGCUUGGAAUUAAGGAUUGGGCAGCCUUAGUUCCUCCUAUGGGAUUUGUUGGUGGAAUAGUUUACAUGUCCUAUCUUGCAUUUUGUCCUGAAAGUCGUAAAAACAACACUAAGAAUCAUGUUAACAAUAAAAUAAGCAAACAGGAAUCCAAAGUAGUAAAUUCAGUCGAUAUCGAGGACAUUGGAGAAAAAGCAGCAUUUUGUCGAUGCUGGAAAUCAAACAACUGGCCAUACUGUGAUGGAGCUCAUGGAAAACACAAUGCCGAGACAGGAGAUAAUGUUGGACCACUAAUCAUUAAACACCGUUGAUCAUUUCAAACCAUAAUGUGUAAAAUUUGAACCAUCACAUCUAAACUGAGACUUAGAAAUAUAAAUAAACAUGUAUUUUUUUUUUAUCAUUUCUUAAAUAAAAAAAGGUUAACAGGCAUGCAUAGCAUAUA